CAAUGACUUUUGCAAUAAAGAGAGAACAAGGAAGAAAUAACUUACUAGAUUAUAAAUAAAUGCAUCUACAACAUUUUUGUACUUUAGUCAGGGGUCCACUGCAUCACCUUUUCUCUCUUGAUAUUCAAUUUCACUUGAAUUUCCUCAUUUUGUUAUCAGUGGAAUUUAACAUAUUAUGUCAAUGGAGAAUUUGUUGGGAUUGCUCAAAAUUCAUGUUCAAAGAGGUGUCAAUCUUGCUAUCAGGGAUGUUGUGAGCAGUGAUCCAUAUGUUGUCAUCAAAAUGGGAAAGCAGAAGCUGAAGACUAGGGUAGUGAAGAAGAAUCUAAAUCCUGAGUGGAAUGAGGACUUGACUUUAUCUAUUUCAGAUCCUCGUACUCCAAUCAGUCUACAUGUGUACGAUAAGGACAUGUUCAGCAUGGAUGACAAAAUGGGGGAUGCUGAGUUUGACAUCGGUCCAUUUGUUGAAGCGGUCAAGAUGCGAUUAGAAGGUCUCCCAAAUGAAACUAUAGUUACAAAGGUGCAACCUUGCAGAAAAAACUGUUUAGCAGAAGAGAGUCACAUUGUUUUGAAGGAUGGCAAAUAUUUCCAAAACAUGGUUCUUAGACUAAGAAAUGUUGAAAGUGGGGAAGUGGAGCUUCAAUUGAAUUGGAUUGAUAUUCCUGGUUCAAAGGGUUUGUAGGUUAAAAAAUAUUUGUUGGCAUGUUAUUAUAGAUAUAACUAUAUAUAUGAGAGUUAUAGCCUUAUAAACCAAUAACAUCUUAUGCUUUAAUUUCAUCUCUACUUUGAUCUUUUUAACUUUUCA